AUGGAUACAACAACCGAGAACUUCCUAACCCGAAUCUUGUCUCGAGAAGACCUGGUCAAACUCGAGAAAGAGGAUCUAGCUGACAAAGUGAUCUCAAUGCAGGCUCACAUCAGACAGCUACAGGGCCUCCUCAACAAACAAGCGCCAAAUGGCAAAAAGACGUCGACAAGGCCUGGUCGAACAUUUGAAUUUAGCCAGUACAAGCAGCGACACAUCUUUCUGCGCUUUCUCUACCUUGGCGGCAGCUACGAGGGCUACGUCGUCCAGGAGGCGACGCUCAACACCGUCGAGGAGAAGCUCUUUGAGGCACUAAUCAAGACGAAGCUCAUUACCAGUCGCGAGACGGCCAACUACCACCGCUGCGGACGUACUGAUAAGGGCGUGUCGGCAUUCUGUCAGGUGGUCAGUCUGACGGUUCGAUCGCGCCUGAAGCAGGGCCCGGGGCUGAUUGUGCCCGAGGGCUACACGGGAGAACCGGUGACCAAUGAUGCCGGUGACACCGGUACUGACGCUGGUGGUGAUNUUCGAUCGCGCCUGAAGCAGGGCCCGGGGCUGAUUGUGCCCGAGGGCUACUCGGGAGAAGCGGUGACAAAUGAUGCCGGUGACACCGGUACUGACGCUGGUGGUGAUCAGCCAGCUGUUGACUUGAGCACCGCCGAGCUGGACUACAUCUCCGCACUGAAUGGCGUUCUGCCGAAGGACAUUCGCGUGAUCGCCUGGGCGCCAAUGGCCUCCACCACCACCAGCGCCCGCUUUGACUGUCGUCGUCGUCUGUACCACUACUACUUCCCGCGAGGCCAACUGCAGAUUGAGCGCAUGCACGAGGCUUGCCAGCACCUGAUCGGCUCGCAUGACUUUCGCAACCUCUGCAAGAUGGACAUCAACAAUGGAGUGCUCACCUACAUCCGCCGAGUCUUCGCCGCCAGCGUCACCAAACUUGAGCCCACCUCUUCAGCUUCAGCUGACGGCGAUGAUUCCCCCUACUCAAUGUGCCUCUUUCAAAUCGAAGCCUCCGCCUUUCUGUGGCACCAAAUUCGCUGCAUCAUGGCGGUGCUCUUUCUCAUCGGCCUCGGUCGCGAGGAGCCCUCCAUCAUCGCCAGGCUGCUGGACAUUGAGGCGCAGCCGGCACGGCCGCAGUACGGCCUAGCGCCCGACCUGCCGCUGGUCCUCUACGCCGCCGCCUACGACACCGAAACGGUGCCCCGGUGGCUGUACGGUCGCAACAGCACCGUCCUCCAGACGACAAUCACCUCACUGCACGAACAGUGGACACGAAACGCAGUUCAGGCGGCCAUCACCCGCUCAAUGAUCGGCUCACUGGUGGAGGAGUACAACACUGCCGCCAACGCCGACAGCAAUGACCAGGACAGCUUGCUCAGCUUCGCCAACCUCGACUCUGCUCCUCGGGCCUUCCUCGCGGGCGUCAACACGCGCACCUACGUUCCACUGCUCAGUCGACAGCUCUGCGACAGCCUAGAGAACCGACUGGAGAAGAAGUCCAAGUGCAGUCAGAAGAAGCGAAUCAAACUGGAUAUGUGA